AAAGCAAGAACUCAAUUGAUAAAAACCCACAGAUGGGCUCCCAAUCAACAAGUAUAAGAGAAAUUCGGUAAUGGCGACUGGGAGUGAGAGCUUUCUGUGCUGCUGCUACUGCUUUGUAGUGCUUUUUUUGGCAGAGUUUUCCCACUCCCAGUCGACACCGCACAAUGCACUGACACAAGGCCAAAAGCUAACAAUUGGGUCUCAGUUAAUUUCAGCCACCGGCAGCUUUGUGCUUGGAUUUAAUACCACUUAUUUGGGGAUCUCCUACAACACUAAGCACCAGAAGCCAGUAUGGAUAGCCAACCGAGACUCUCCAUUUCCCAACAAUUAUGCGUCGAUCAGCCUCACCAUCGACGCCAACGGCAGCUUGAAAAUAGUAGAUGGGCAUGGCUAUUCCUUUCCACUCUACGAUGUCGAACAGCCAAUCAGUAGCAGUGCCGUGUUGCAAGAUGACGGUGACUUUGUACUGCAAGAGCUGAACCAAGAUGGGUUGGUGAAACGGGUGGUGUGGCAGAGCUUUGAUCAUCCAACGGACACUCUUCUUCCAGGAAUGAAACUUGGAAUCAAUCAUAAAACUGGAUAUGCUUGGUCUUUAACAUCUUGGAGUAGCGAUGAAUCUCCUACAUCGGGAGCUUUCGCUCUGGCAAUGAAUCCAAACAAUACUAAUCAAAUACAGAUAUUGUUUAGGGGUGGUGUGUAUUGGAGCAGCGGGGAGUGGAAAGACGGUUGGUUUGAAAAUCUAUCGGAACUCGACUACUAUAAAGAAAUCUAUUUCAACCGAGUUUCGAAUGAGAAUGAAACAUAUUUCAUUUACUAUGUCCCCAAAUUCGAUCGAACACCAAGCUUCAAUCGACUAUCAGAAGUGGUUCUACCCAAGUUGAGAUUAGCAGAUGGUGCCACUUUGGAGAUGAACAAUCGAAUUUCUUACGAAAUUUGCACGCUCGUCAAUAUGGAAGAAGGGUGCGUGUGGAGAAAUCAGCAGAAAAUGGCAGAGUGUGGGCGUAGUUCCUUUUGGUGGAUCUCUGGAUACAUGGAGGGAGAGGGUUCUAAGUACAAUGGAAGUGAGAACCUAACGAUGUUUGAAUGCGAAAAUAUUUGCCUUCUUGAUUGUGAUUGCGUCGCUUAUGGUUAUGCGAACCAAGAUGGAAGCGGCUGUGAGAUUUAUGGCUAUGACAAAGGAGGAUUGCCGGUUUGGGUGCAAGUUACUAUCGGUCUAAGCAUACCUGCAAUAUUUCUCCUACUCUGUUUUAUGUCCUACGUCAAAUGGAGGACACAAAUAUUGAAAGUUAUCAGAAAAAUGAAGAAAGGUUUGGUUCGCGGCAUAGGUGCUAUAUCCGAAGGUUUCAACAUUCUAGGAAUAAUGAUAAGACAAAUUCGAGAUGGAAAAAAGAAUCCCGAAUUACAGUUCUUCGACUUCGAAAGCAUAGUUUCUGCCACAAACAAUUUUGCAGAGGACUGUAAGCUGGGACAAGGUGGUUUUGGGCCUGUUUAUAAGGGAGUUUUGGGUGAUGGCCUAGAAGUAGCCAUUAAAAGACUGUCGAAGAAUUCUGGGCAAGGAUUGGUGGAGUUCAAGAAUGAAACUAUUUUGAUUGCCAAACUUCAACACACAAAUCUGGUUAGGCUGAUUGGUUGCUGCAUUUAUAAAGAAGAGAAAUUGUUGGUGUAUGAGUACAUGCCCAACAAAAGCCUUGACUCCUUCCUCUUUGACUCGGAGAAGAAGUUAAUAUUAGACUGGGACAAGUGUUUUCACAUAAUCCAAGGGAUAGUUCAAGGACUACUCUACCUUCACUACUAUUCAAGAGUACGAAUUAUUCAUCGAGAUUUGAAAGUUAGCAAUAUCUUACUAGACGAUGAGAUGAAUGCAAAAAUAUCAGAUUUUGGUAUGGCUAGGGUGUUUAAACCAUCCGAGCAUGAAGCAAACACAAGUCGGGUGGUUGGAACAUAUGGGUAUAUAUCACCAGAAUAUGCAAUGGAGGGCAUUUUCUCGAUAAAGUCAGACGUGUACAGUUUUGGAAUAUUAUUGUUGGAGAUCAUAACAGGCAAAAAGAACUACAACAAUUAUGACACAGAACGGCCAUUGAAUCUCAUAGGAUAUGCGUGGGAGCUGUGGGUGAAUGGGAGAGGAGAAGAGCUGAUUGAUUCGGAUUUUUGCAACUCUGAUCAGAAACCAAAAGCUCUAAGAUGCAUCCAUGUGGGUCUUUUGUGCGUACAACAAGUACCGGCAGACAGGCCGACGAUGCUGGAUGUUUAUCUAAUGAUUAACAAUGAUUCUACUCAAGUUCUACCUCCCAAGCAGCCUGCAUUCUUCAUUUCUCAAAACCCAAACUCGUCGGAGCUUGAACUGGAGGUGGUCGACAGUGGGCGGCUCAUACGGCCUGCACAGCCACCACAGGAAAUUUGUUCAUUGAGUACUAUGUCAGUCUCGGUGAUGGUGGCCAGGUGAAGCCACUGCUAUGUUUUUACUUCAAACUGUCCU